GCUCCACUGAUAGGGAAGUAAACUUUGCGUGAUUCAGUUCAAUCCUAGACAGCAUCCGAAACAGACGCGAAUUCACACAACAUCAACACCAACUAUGUGGCAGUUCAUAAGGUCAAGAAUAUUAACGGUGAUAAUCUUCAUUGGAGCUGCACAUGGGCUACUGGUCAUGGGUCCUAAAUAUAUCCGGGCCAACCAGAACUACACACUGACGAUCAGCAACUUUUAUUCAAACCCAAGCAAGCUAGACAUGAUAGUGCAGCUGGAAGGUAAAACGGAUAAUGAUUUAAGCGUUCUGAACGUGACGAAGAUGAUCAACGUGCCUUGUAAAUCUAUACAAAUAAUCAACUUUACUAUUCCGGAUAAUCUGUCCUCUGGGAACUACAAAAUUACCCUUGAUGGGCAGCAAGGUUUCAACUUUCACGAGGAGGCAGAGUUGGUGUACCUCAGCAAAUCGAUAAUGGGAGUGAUACAAAUCGAUAAGCCCAUAAUUAAACCUGGCGAUACGGCAAUCUUUCGUGUGAUCGUGCUAGACACAGAGCUGAAGCCUCCGGUAAGGGUCAAGUUCGUUAAUGUGAUCAUUCAGGAUCCUAAUGACACUGUGAUCCGUCGAUGGCCAGCGGCAGAACUAUACGCCGGAGUGUUUGAGAGCAAUCUGCAGAUAGCGCUCACAUCUCUGCUCGGAGUGUGGAACAUCUCGGUGCAGGUGGAAGGAGAAGAGAUUGCGUCGAAGACGUUUGAGGUGAAGAAAGAUGUGUUUUCAUGGUUCGACGUGCACAUCAAGCCAUCGGUGAUUCCAUUAGAAGAGCAUCAAGCUCUAAAUCUCACGAUUGAAGCAAAGUAUCCCUUUGGCAAGCCAGUGCAAGGAGUGGCCAAGGUGGAGCUAUACUUGGAGGGCGAUAGGUUAGAUUUGAGUAAAGAUAUCAAUGUAAACGGUUCAGAACAGGUGGUGUUAGUUUUUAAUGGUGGUUUGGAGUUGUACAACGAACAACAUGAUGUGCGUGUGAAGGUGGUGUUUGUUGAGCAGUAUACAGGUCGAACUGUAAUGAAGGAACAGUCCAUCUCGGUUCACAAAUAUCCUUAUCGUCUGACAAUAGUAAAGGAUAGCUUACAAUUCCGUCCGGGACAACAUUUAAAUUGCACUGUACUGUUGACCUAUCACGAUGGUAUUCCAGCUAGAAAUGUUUCGCUUUUGGUAGAAGCGACUGGAGAAGGUGUAGAGCACGAGCAGACUUAUUUUACUCAGCCUGACGGUUCAAUUAACGUUUUGUUGCAUCCAACACUGUCGACCCAGGAAGUGUAUCUUAUUAUUUCAGAGAAAAAGUACGAUUUAUUAUACAUGAAAAAACUACAUACCGUUCAACCUCUUACUAACAUCACCAUGAAGCUACAACUACGGUUUCCCAUAAAACAAAACGAACCUAUCAUGCUGUUGGCAACGUGCAGCGAGCGGAUGACAUUUCUCGCCUACUACGUCGUGUCCAAAAGUAAUAUUGUUGAUGCGGGUUACAUCGGCCAGUUGCAACAGAAAAAAAUUGUGUUCGAAAUUAGUGCAACGGAAAAGAUGCUCCCGAAGGCAACGAUUUAUGUGACCAGUGCAUUCGAAAACAUUUUAAUUUGGGAUGCAUUGGAGAUAGAUUUGAGGCCGUUGAGUAACGAUCUGGAAAUAAGAGUAAACAAAUUGAAAGCUAAACCAGGACAGGAAAUAGAGCUGGAGCUGAAGGGACGGCCCAGUGCGUAUGUUGGCCUUGCCGCAUAUGAUAAGGGUUUGCUGGCGUUCGCCAAUCAUCUGGACCCGUUUUGGGAAGAUGUUACGCAGUUGUUUGACUACUCGUACGAAGACGAUCAGACCGAGCUUGAUGGAUUUCAUGGUGAAGGAGUAUUCCUAAAAAUUUCGGGUGGUUUUCAACUAGGAAACACACUCAAAGUAACUAAACGCACUGUUAAAGACGUUGCGCCUCCAUUGUUAUAUCACGCAUCUUUACAAAGGAAUUGCGUUAAGUCCUGGCUGUGGAGAAAUGUAACUGUUGGAAGCUCUGGAACCCUCAAACUGGCCGAAGUUUUUCCGGAAUCGAUCACCUCCUGGACCUUGACGGGCUUCUCGAUCGAUCCGUCAUACGGGUUAAGCAUCAUCAGGAAGCCGAUCGAGCUCACAACGAUACAGCCGUUCCUCAUCGUAGACUACCUACCGUAUUCGAUCAAGCGAGAAAAGGAGGUCUUGUUACAGAUUGCGCUGUUCAACAACUUUGAACAGGAUCACACUGUUGAUGUGACGCUGUAUAAUAUGAAGAAUGAGAUGGAAAUUCUUGGACGCCCAGUAACCAACCAAAGCUACACCAAAACGGUGAGCGUUCCUCCGAAGGUGUUAUUUCCUGUCUCGUUCCUUGUAAAGGCACAAAAGCUCGGCGAGAUGGCGGUCCAUGUGACAGCCUCCAUAGCCAAUGGGUUAGAGACGGACGCCCUGGAAAAGGUGAUACGGGUGAUGCCUGAAAGCUUGGUGCAGCCGAGAAUGGAUAGACGCUUUUUCUGCUUCGACGAUUACAAAAAUCAAACGUUUUUGAUUUACUUAGACAUCAUAAAGAAGGCUGAUAAUGGAUCGAUAAAGAUUGAGUUUCGACUAAACCCCAAUUUGCUGACCAUGGUCAUAAAGAACCUGGACCAUCUUCUUGCCUUAUCGGUGGGAACUGGUGAGGACAAUAUGGUCAAAUUUGUUCCCAACGUUUUGGUGCUGGAUUAUUUGCAUGCCAUCGGGUCAAAAGAACAGCAUCUUAUCGACAAAGCUAUGAAUCUGGUGCGUCAAGGAUAUCAGAACCAGAUGCGCUACUGUCAGAAGGAUGGUUCGUUUGGUUUGUGGGAAAAUACAGGUGGUAGCACAUUUCUCACCACAUUCGUUGCCACAACGAUGCAAACUGCUUCAAAAUACAUAGUCGAGAUAGAUGCAGAAAUAGUGGAUAGGGCAUUGGAUUGGUUAGCCUCAAAACAACACAGCUCGGGACGGUUUGAUGAGGUCGGUGCAGUGUUUCAUAAAGACAUGAAAGGAGGGUUGCGCGAUGGUGUGGCCCUCACAUCGUUCGUUUUAACGGCAUUGCUGGAGAAUAACAUCGCCAAAGUGAAGUACGCAGAGGUGAUCCAAAAAGGAAUGACCUAUCUGAGCAAUCAGUUUGGAUCCAUCAACAAUGCAUACGACCUAUCGAUAGCAACCUACGCGAUGAUGCUGAACGGACACAUCAUGAAGGAGGAGUCACUCGAUAAACUGAUUAAUAUGUCUUUCAUUGAUGCUGAUAAAAACGAACGGUUCGGGAACACAACGAAUCCAAUAGAAACCACCGCAUAUGCUCUGCUGUCGUUUGUGAUGGCCGAGAAGUACACAGACGGUAUACCGGUUAUGAAUUGGUUGGUGAAUCAACGUUACGUUACCGGUAGCUUUCCGAGCACGCAAGACACGUUUGUGGGCCUGAAAGCGCUGACCAAGAUGGCAGAAAAGAUAUCUCCGUCCCGAAACGAUUACACCGUUCAGCUGAAGUAUGGAAAGGAUUCGAGAAUCUUCAGAAUCAACUCAGAGGACAUUGAUGUAAUGAAUUACGUGGAUAUACCGGAGGAUACAAGGAAAAUCAAUAUCAAUGUGAGGGGUGUUGGGUUUGGGCUGCUGGAGGUGAUUUAUCAAUACGAUUUGAAUCUCGUCAAAUUUGAGAAUCGAUUCAAACUAGAUCUGGAGAAACAGAACAUAGGCUCUGACAAGAUGAUACUGAAUGUGUGUGCCAGUUUCAUUCCUAUGUAUCUUCAAAGUCAAUCGAACAUGGCACUGAUCGAAGUGACGUUACCGAGCGGUUAUGUGGUUGAUCGCAAUCCGAUCAGUGAGCAAACGACGGUGAAUCCGAUAAAGAAAAUCGAGACUCGUUACGGCGGCACGUCGGUUGUUGUUUAUUACGAUAACAUGGACGACAAAAAGCACUGUUUUACUGUAUCCGCACACAGACAGCAGAUGCCGACAUUGAGACGCCCUGCGUAUGUGGUUGUGUACGACUAUUAUGAUACAAAUAUUAAUGCGAUAAAAAUGUACCAGUUAGAGGACCUGAGUGCUUGCGAAAUCAGUGGCGAAGUUGACUGUUCCGAGGUGUGCAAAACAAAGGGACAGGUGUAAAAUAAGCAAUUCCUUUCUUCUAUCAAUGUGUAUGUUCCUUCCCGUUCGUUGCAAAAAGGCACUCCACUGUCCCUUCCCAGACGACAUACGCAAUUCGGAAUCACCGAUCAGUUAUAAGUUUCCAUUUGAAAAUUUAAAGAAUACUCAAGAACUUAUUUGACUUCUGCAUUUCGUCAGAGUCAUUUACAUUAAAACUCCGAUCGCUUGCAAGUUGGAGCUCACUUUUUCCUUCUUCUCUUCAUUUAUUUUCCAUUUCCUCUCUUUCUCACGAAUGAAAUGAAAUGAAAUAAAGUCUGGGAAUACUGAUGACACCGUUACUAGCAUACUGAACACAA